UUUUGGAACCUCUAAUUCCUAGUAUCGAUUCAAAAAUUUCACCAUUAACAAGCAAAAGUACUACACAAAACCCUUGUUUGUUCACCAUUCCAAACAUUUUCCAUUUCCUCUCUCCUCUAAUUGGGCGGUGUGGAAAUGCCUUCAGAAGACGCAAAACCAUUGAAGAAAGAGGAGCUUGAAGACGACGAAGACGAUGACGAGGUGCCUAUUUCUGUAACCCGCAACAAAAACAAGAAACCCAGUAAUUCUCCUGCAACUGCGACGCCCAAGCCGAAACCCAAAGUGACUAAAAAAGAAGAAGAUUCAAGCGACGACGAUGUCCCUCUGAAGAAACCAACUCCUAAAUCAACCAAACCCAAAAAGGAAGAAGUUGAUACUAAGAAAAUUGUUGCCAAAGAUGACAAGAAAAAAAUCAAGAAGAAAAAGGAGGAGGAAACGGUGAAGAUUGAGGUGAAGAAGAGGGAGAGAAAGGUGUAUAGUUUACCUGGGCAAAAACGCGAUCCUCCUGAAGAAAGAGAUCCUUUGAGGAUUUUCUAUGAGACAUUGUAUCAGCAAGUGCCCACCAGUGAACUGGCUGCAAUUUGGAUGAUGGAAUCUGGUUUGCUUCCAUUGAAGGAUGCGACGCAGGUGUAUGAGAAGAAAAUGAAGAAGAGUAAGAACCAAAGAGUUACUUCCCCAUUAAAACAUGUGAAGACAGUUAAGGAGACCAAAUCCGUGACUGUUAAAAAGAAAGUAGUUUCUUCCACCCCAAAGUCCUCAGACAAAAAGAAGAAAAUAGAAACCACUACUGCGACGAAACAAUCAAAGAAGCGCAAGGCUGUAAGCUCUGAAGAAGAUGCAACCUCUGAGGAAGAUUCGGAAGAUGAUUUUGUUCUGUCAACUAGGAAGAAGGUAAAGAGAGCCAGAGUCAAUUAACUUAAUGAUAUCAGUAAAAAGUAAAGGAUUCAUGAUGAUUUUUAGAGAUGAAAAGUUUGAUAGGUAACCUGAUUUGUAUUGACAUAUGAGCAAAUCUUUUAGAUUUAUCAGUGAAAAAAACGGUGUAAGAAAUUCUGGUGUUCCGUUGUUUGUCUCGUAACUUAAUCCACGCGAUGCAUGGACAAUGUGGCAUACUUUUUGGGGCUAAUGUGCAGUUUAGAGUUAUUGAUUAA